AUGGCUACAUUCGGUAAACUUUACGGUCAAGCAAAUAGCCCUCGCGUUUAUGAGGUUCUGCUCACGGCUACAUAUGCUGGUAUUGAUGUCAAGCUUAUAGAGAUUGAGUCAGCGUCAAAGCAAAGCUCAGAAUAUCAGGCCAAGUUUCCUCAUGAUAAACUUCCAACCUUUGAGAGUGAUAACGGUGUUGUAUUGCAUGAAUCUGGCGGGAUUUCCUUUUAUAUUGCCAGUCAGCAGGAAAACAGCCCUCUACUUGGGAAGAACAAAGCAGAGACGGCUCAAGUUGUCCAGUACCUUCUUUUUGCCAAUGUUGAGAUUGCUCCUUAUGUAAAAACCUGGAUUGAACCGAUUUUGGGCAAGGCUAGCUAUAACAAACCUGCCCACAAUCAAGCGGUUGAUAAUUUAAAGAAAUCAUUAACGUCUUUGGAGAAAGUUCUACAAAAGAAGACUUUCUUAGUCGGUGAACGCAUAACACUAGCAGAUAUUGCAGUUUCCAGCGCUCUUUACUCAGCAUUCAAGAUGGUCUUGGAUGUUGAAUUUCGUAAAAACUAUAAGAACGUCACUCGCUGGUAUGUGACACUUAUCAACCAACCAAAUUUCAAGGUCUUGGCCGAUGCUUCUCUCGUCGAUGUUGCACAAGUAUGGAUUCCCCCUAAGAAGGAAUCGAAGAAAGACCAGAAGAAGGAGCAGCAACCGAAAAAAGAAAAGGCUAAACCGGCAGAGGAUGAUGCAGAAGAUGAUGCGCCCCCCCCUCCUAAACCAAAGAGCAAAUUAGAUCUGUUGCCUCCUAGUACAUUUGUUCUUGAUGAAUGGAAGCGUUUCUACUCAAAUAAUAAAACUCGGCCUGACGCAAUUGAGUGGUUCUGGAAGCAUUUUGACCCAGAGGGUUAUUCAAUCUGGCGUGUUGACUAUAAAUACAAUGAGGAAUUAACCAAGAUUUUUAUGAGCUCGAAUUUGAUUGGAGGAUUCUAUAAUCGCUUAGAGCGAGCCCGCAAAUAUGCCUUUGGAAGCCUGUUGGUAUUGGGAGAAGACAACAAUAGCGAGAUCGCAGGAUACUUUGUAAUUCGUGGUCAAGAAAUACCGGAAGAAGUGACGGACGCUGCAGAUUUCGAGAGCUACACGUUUGUGAAGGUUGAUCCCAAGGAUCCCGCUGUUCGCAAGAAUUUUGAAGAUUUCAUUGCAUGGGACGGUGACUUCAAUGGCAAGGCUUUUGGCGACGGCAAAAUAUUCAAGUAG